AUGACUUGGUUUGAUGGAUUCAAAGUAUGUGGGAAAUAUUUGCUUGUUGCCCGUUUAGGUUUCCUACGUAACGAUUUAUGUGGGAAAACUGUUUCCGUAGGAAGCAUGCAGGAUUUCUAUUUAUCUCAUAAGCACUGUUUUACGUUUCAGAAACCACUUCACGAUUCUGAAAUUGAGAUCCAGCUGUCACAGCUACUUUGUUCAUCGGAAGAAGAAAACCUUGAUGAUGAAGCAGUUGACUCUUUUGCCACCAGUAGUUACAAUGUCGAUUUAGACAAGCGUUUGGAUGAGAUUCAAGGUAUUUCUGUCGAAGAAUUACAUUCUUUAUUGGUGGGAGAAUCAGAUUUGUCUCUUAUCCAAGAUGAAACUUUUUUGAAUUCACCAGUUCAACAGAUUUUUAAGCCGAUUCUUCCUCAAGUGGCUUCAACUUCACAAGAUGCAAUCGCUGAAGUCCAUGCAGGCCCUUCUCUUGUGAUUUCGGAUGUUCCUAUGCUACUUGAUCAAAAUCCUGGUGAAACAACCUCACUUGUUUCUGUAGCUGAUGUCCAGGCAGACCACUCUUCCCUAGUACCACUAUUGGCAGAGCCUGAUGAAAGCUCUAAUGCAGAACCAACAUCUUCUUUCUCUAGGGAUAAAUUCAUUCGAUUUCAAAAUAAAUCAAGAGAUUGGUCUUUUGCAACUGAUGAUAUUACUUGGCCUAUUUUCGAGAAGAAAAUGCAGAUUAAAAAAAAUUACAGUAACAGAAGUCAACCACUGGAUUAUUUUCUUGACUUUUUCCCUGAUGAGUUACUUUAUAUUAUUGUUGAAAAUACAAAUAUUUAUGCAAGACACACACAUUCAAAAGCUUGGACUGAAGUUACAAAAGAAGAAAUAAAAGCAUACUUAGGAGUGAUUAUACUAAUGAGCAUAAAUCCAUUAGCAGAUAUAAAUACUUAUUGGUCAACUGAUGAGUUUUUCAGAAAUCCUGUUAUUUGCAAAGUAAUGCCCUUAAAAAGAUUUAAAAAAAUUACACAAAAUCUCCAUAUAUCAAAUAUUUCCACAGAAGCUCCACGAAACUCACCAGAUUAUGAUAAAUUGGGUAAAAUUAGACUUGCCAUUUCAAUCCUAAACAAAGUUUUUCAAGACAAUGUUCAAGAAGACGAAAGUAUGAUCAGGUUCAAAGGUCGUAGUCACAUGAAGCAGUAUAUGCCCAAAAAACCUAUAAAACGUGGGUACAAGUGUUGGGCAAGAGCAGAUUCUCUUACAGGGUAUUUAUAUGAAUUUCAAUUUUAUACUGGUAAAGUUAAUACUGGAACUGAAGAGAAUUUAGGGGCCAGAGUCAUAAUGGAUUUGUGUGAAUCUCUGCCAAGCCAUACAUUAGUGGCUUUUGAUAAUUUUUUCACCAGUCUGCCACUGAUGGAACUUUUACAUGAAAGAGGCAUUUACGGUGUUGGAACACUAAGAAUGAACCGUAGGGGCUUACCAGAUUUGAUAACAGGAAAAUAUUUAACUGGUGAGUUUAUAUAUCAGUAUAAUACACCUAUAGGAGUAUUGAAAUGGAAAGAUACUAAAGAUGUUUUUCUUGGAACUACUGCGUUUGAUCCUCGAGCAGUUGAAUUGAUUGAGAGGAAACAGAAAGAUGGUAGCAAGAAGAAAAUAUACUGUCCACUUUCGAUUAAAAAAUAUACAGAGUUCAUGGGUGGUGUUGAUCAUUUCGAUCACUUUAGAGCAUCAUACCCCCUAGGACGAAAGUCGCGGAAGAAUUGGCACAGACUUUUUUGGUUCUUGUUGGAGGCAGCCGUCAUCAAUUCUUAUAUUGUUUAUAUGACGUCACAUUCAGAAAGGAGAAACACCCAUAAAGAAUUCCGGUUGCGAUUGGGCAGAGGACUCAUCAACAAUUUUUCAUCAAGAAAAAUCCUCGCGCCCGUGUUCAAAAACAAAAAAGGAGGUACCAUUUCAGUACCGGAAGAGAUUCGAAAAUCGGACGUAGGAUCCCACAUGCCCGAAUUGACCAAAUUUCGAAGAUGCAGAAUGUGUAGUACACGUGAAAAGGAGCAACGCAGCAAAUAUAUGUGUAAAGUUUGCAAGGUAUCUUUAUGUGCUGCCCCUUGUUUUGAAAUGUUUCACAAAUAA